AGUUAGUUUUGCAUGGCACUUACAAGCAUUUACACAACUUCAGACUGUAAAAUACAAUUAGACAAUAGUUCCUUCAUCCCCUCACUCUAAUAAAUAUUUUUUAAUCCAUUUUAUGUCAUCUAGUUAUGGUCUUUGAUCAGGCAGCAUGUCUAAUGACAAACUUUUAAAACUAUGUGGAGUGGCCUUGUCUCUCAAAAAUCGUAACAAACAAGGCUCCUUGAUUUCCUGUUUCAGAAUCACACAGAUAAUUUCUGCCAAAACAAUGAUUAAUUCAUUUGCUCCUUUUACAUGAAUAAAUGUGUGCUACCUAGUAAAUAUUAAUGAAACCAUGUCAAUGAAGCUCUAAGAAAUUUGUGGCACUAUGUGACAGGAAAUCCUAAAAUACUUGGAAAGAUUUUGUAGAAGGGCUAAAAAGUAACAAAGUAGUAAACUUCUGCUUUGAAAAACAAGUGCCUUCCUCUGUUAGAGCUGCCCAAAUUUGCCUGCUGCAUCCAUGAAAACUGUUCAUUCAGUGAAGGUCGAAGGUUUUGUUGUUGGUGAACCAGCUGAUGAUCUGUAAGCCUGUUGGGCUGUACUGCUGAGCAUAACAAACUGCUGUGCAUUGCUGACGUGCGUCACAGGACCCUGAGGUUUUGCACGGGGAUUAGUCAGGCUGUAUUUGGAAACGCCCUCAACUGCACCCUAUGCUGCUAUAUUAGUGUGUCUCAAGCAAGAGGAAUUUUCUUUUGCUUCUGCAGCUGCUCCUGCAAAACCCUCUGCCUGCAUGCAAGCCCUGCAUCUCUGGACUCUGCUUGCCACCUAUGCUGUUGCAGUAGGACAAAAUCAAGGACAGAAGAAUCAGGAGUGCCCUAAGCUCAACGCACAGAUGCCAGAAUUUCAGAAGAAGACUGUCCAUAUUAAGGACCCAGCAAGAGUAGAGGAGAUUAUUUGUGGCCUCAUCAAAGGUGGAGCAGCCAAACUUCAGAUUAUUACAGAUUUUGAUAUGACAUUAAGUAGAUUUUCCUACAAUGGAAAAAGAUGUCCAACUUGUCAUAACAUCAUUGAUAACUCUAAGAUCAUCACAGAUGAAUGUCGGAAAAAGUUAUUGCAGCUGAAAGAAACCUAUUAUGCCAUUGAAAUUGAUCCAGCUCUCACCAUUGAAGAGAAAUACCCAUAUAUGGUUGAAUGGUACCAUAAAUCCCAUGCACUACUCAUUGAACAAGGCUUACAGAAGGACAAGUUUGCAGAAAUUGUAAGGGAGUCUGAUGUUAUGCUAAAAGAAGGGUAUGAGAACUUCUUUGAUAAGCUCAGUGAACAUAAUAUUCCUGUGUUCAUAUUUUCUGCUGGGAUUGGCGACAUCCUUGAGGAAGUAAUCCACCAAGCUGGGGUCUACCAUUCUAAUGUCAAAGUGGUUUCCAAUUUCAUGGAUUUUGAUGAAAAUGGAAUAUUAAAAGGAUUUAAAGGAGAAUUGAUUCACGUUUAUAACAAACAUGAUGGUGCCUUGAAGAACACGGAGUACUUCAAACAGCUGAAAGACAACAGCAAUAUCAUACUGCUGGGUGACUCUCAAGGAGACUUGAGUAUGGCAGAUGGAGUAGCAAAUGUUGAGCACAUUCUUAAGAUUGGCUAUCUCAAUGAUAAAGUAGAUGAGCUUUUGGAAAAAUACAUGGACUCUUAUGAUAUUGUCUUGGUGAAAGAUGAAUCCCUGGAUGUUGCCAACUCCAUUCUACAGAAAAUCCUGUAAAUUGCAGUCUCAAGUCACUCCAUUCCUUCCAGGAAGCAACUGGACAGACGAGCACACGUGCUAUCUUAGAUGUGUUUAUUACUCAUUUACAGAACUGUUUGAUUUAAUUUAAAACUUUUAUCUUCAUUUUGGUAUUAUGGAAUAUAUAUGGUAUCAAUUGUCAUCUACAAGCUCCUUUUACUGCUCUUACACUGUUCUUUAUUGUCUCACACUCCUGUUAUAACGAGAUCUAAAUUGGAUUUAUAGAUGUGAUAAACUGCUGCUGAUGGGAUACUAUGGUUCACUGCCCUUUUUAAUCAGGCAUUUCAGAGGAGCAUUUUAGAAAACAUGGCUAUUUCGUGAAAUUGAAGCUGUAAACAGCUUCUGUAAAGAGAGUGUGCACUUGUUGCCUUUUCAAAGACAUUUCAGUCUCAGCUGUACUUUGAAGGAUCUUACUCAUAAUGCUACAUAAUUUCACUCAAGUUUUUCAUAUAUAUAUUUUUCUUCAGUAAAAAUGCUUUUAUUCACCCAAUUCCGACAAAGUGUUUCUUCUUCAUAUUUUUGCAUCAUUUCGCUAUCCUUACUGUUUCUUUAUCCUCUGUGAAAUGGGAAGUAUGUUUUAAGUUAGUGUAUCUGAGAUAAAAUUUCUCAUCUUUGUAACAGCAGAUAGUUUCACAAGCAGAUAGUCCGCAGCCUGCCUUCAAUGAACAGGGACAGCCUCAACUAGACCAGGCUGCUCAGGGCCCCAUUCAACCUGACCUUUAGAUGUUUCCAGGCAUGGGGCAUCUACCACCUCUCUGGGCAGCCUGUGCCAGUUUCACCACCCUCACCACAAAAA